AUGGAGCCGAGGGUGUAUACGAUAUUUGAACCCGUUACCGGCACAUGGCAGUAUGUCGUGGCCGAUGAAGCAACCAAGGAUGCCGUCAUAAUCGAUUCGGUGCUCGACUACGACAAAGGGAAUGGUAGAAUUACCACACAUUCCGCGGAUCAGAUCCUGGAAUUGGUGGCAGACCAGCACUAUACGGUGUCUCGGAUUCUCGAAACUCAUGCUCAUGCUGAUCACCUCACUGCUUCUCGAUAUUUGCAGAAUGUUCUUGCACAACGACAGCCAACGAAAACGCCCCCUCCGGUCUGCAUUGGUCAACGAAUUCGACAAGUUCAAGCAACGAUGUCCAAGAUCUACAACAUCCCUCCAUCCGAAAUAAUCGAUGCAUUUGAUCACACUUUCUCAGAUGAUGAGACGUUCUUGAUCGGCUCCAUUGAAGCCCGCGUCAUCCAUCUCCCUGGUCAUACUCCAGAUCACAUCGGCUACAUUGUCGGGUCUAACGUGUUCACGGGAGACUCGAUCUUCAAUCCGGACGUGGGAUCUGCUCGCUGUGAUUUCCCCGGGGGAUCAGCGACAGAGUUGUUUCGCUCGAUGCAAAAACUGCUUUCUCUUCCUGCCCACUUCAAAUUAUAUACGGGACAUGACUAUCCCCCCCAGAGUCGGGACAUUCCGGUUGGACACAACGUGACCGGGAGCAAGGCUGUUCCAUUCACCACAGUUGAAACUCAAGGCCGAGAAAACAAACAUGUCAAACGAGGGACUCAGAUGGAAGAGUUUGUACAGUGGAGAUCGGAUAGGGACAGUGGCCUAGCCGAACCAAAAUUAUUGGCACAGGCCAUGCAAGUCAAUAUUCGAGGAGGCAGAAUACCAAUGGAGAGCUCUGAGGGUUUAAGGCUCACCGACGUGCCGGAGGGAGUAGCGAGAAUUGCGAAGACGUGA